CUUGGCGAACAGUUAUUUCUUUUCUUCACAUAAUAGAUUCAUGACCGACAUGUAUAGUGACCGAUUUCCCUUCCUCCUACUCAGCCUGGGACUCCUCCUGGCGCAAAUUGUACAUGGUGCUCUUGGAAUAACUGUAGAAAAUAGCCUUAGUAAUUCACGUCCACGCCUCGGCGGAACGAUAACGCUGGAGUGUAACAUUGUUAUUGGGACCGCCAAGAGUGUUUCAUGGUACAAGGACAAAACUGGAAACAACAGUCAAGCAAUUUAUUUGACGCACAAUUGUAGUGUUUUCGCAGACAAGUAUAAAUCAAGAUUAAAAAACGUUCAGUGUGAUACGCAUAAUUAUAAUUUUCAAUUAAGUGAUGUUCAAAUUUCGGACAGCGGGGAGUGGCUGUAUGAGGCAGAUGGAGAAGUGGCCGAACCAAAGCUGAAAUUAGAUGUUUUAGUUCCACCCCUCACCCCGACAGUUACAAAUCCAUCACCGGUGAAGGUCGGAGAAGGUGUAAAAUUCACCUGCAAUGCUGAAAAUGAAAACGUCACAAAACCAAUCACGUACACAUGGACUAAAAUUGGCAGCAAUGACUUCGCAAGGACUGUUAAAUCUGGUGCCCUGCCUUUUAUGCCUGUCGAAAAGUCAGAUGCUGGGAAGUAUGUCUGUGUCGCAAAAAAUGAUGCCGGAUCUGAGGCAAGCGCGGAACAGGAUUUUGUAGUUCUCUCUGCAUCCGAGUCUUUACAAAUCAAGACAACCACAGCGUCAAAUUCAAAAUCGGAAAAAGAAACGGAAACAUUCACAUGUGAAGCUAAUGCCGACAUUACGGUGACAUCGGUGAAAUUAAUACGCCAUAAUGGGACUACGAAUGAGACGCUGAUUGGGGCAAACAGUAGUGUUGUGACAUUUCGCCGACAAAUGAUGCGACAGGAUAACAAGGUGAAGUUCUAUUGCGAAGCGACUUGGCCAGGAAUUCCCAAUUCGUUGUCGUCGAAUGUCAUCACAUACAACGUAUUAUUUCCACACAACGUUCAAGUCAAAGUCAGCAAGACGACGGUAAAUGAACAUGAAUGUGUGUGUUUUGAGUGCGACACCAGUGGGGGCAACCCAGAGCUCGUUACGAGGUACCAGUGGCUCUGGAAAAAGAGUGUAUCCACCAAGGAACAGGUCACCCAGGUCCCCGAAACCAUCACAAAGAAUGGAAAGUAUUUGGAGUUCACGCGUAUCCCAUACGAUGAGAGUGGAACAUACUCUUGUAAGGCUUGGAAUCUUGGUGGAAUGGGACAGGCGUCGACAGUCCUUAAUGUGCAAUACUCUCCAAGGAUAGACCCGGAAGCGAAAAUGAAAUAUGAUGUGGCGGGCGAAAUUGGCAAGGAGGCAAUGUUUAAACUGUUCAUCGUCGCAAACCCAACUCCAACCAAAACUGAUUACAUCUGGUCUAAGGAUGGCAAUGUCCUAUCGAGAACAUCACCGGAUUAUGAAAUAACUUCCUGGCCAACAUCCAGCAAGUUGAAAAUCAAGGACGUCAAAUCCUUGGAUUAUACCAACUAUUCCUGUUCGGUUAAAACGAGUGCAUUCGAAGCCAAGAUUUUCAAUUUCAUGCUUAACAAAGCAGCGUCCUACACAAGUGACUUAAGCAAUAGUGUAUCAGUAAACACCAAAGCGUCCUACACAAGUGACUUAAGCAAUAGUGUAUUAGCAAACACCAAAGAAGCAACCCAUAGCUCGAAAGAAACAAACAAAACUUUUAAAGUUGGCAUCGGUUUCAUCGCUGUAGGGGGCUCACUGGUGGUCAUCAGCAUUGUCAUCGGCAUCGUCAUAAUCGUUAUCAAACACAAGAAGUCCAGUGGCAAAAAAAAGGGUGAUGAUCAGGAAUCGCAAGACAAUGUGGUAACUGGCCAGUCAGCCCUAUUAGGAGGUCAAGUCAAUCAUGCGAUGCGUCUCUCCCUUCCACGUUCAGAAUGCGACCCUAAUGAAAAUCGCAAAGUUGCAAAAUCAAAACUCCGAACGCCUGAUGUCGUGUCGGACACGAAUCAGUACGCCGAGAGUGCUCUCCACGUGCCCGUCGGCAAGAACGGGAGUCAGGAGGAAGUUCGCCCGACAUUGCUCAGGCCGACACAGCCCGCUAGUCCUGCUAAGGAACAUAUAUACGGGAAUGUGAAAAGGAAGAUCCAGCCACAGCAAAAGAGUGGCAAUGGAGGUGUACCUAAGCCAAUUGGAGUGGACGGCACAGUGUACGCGAAACUUUCGUUCCAACCUGCUAAACACGACCAUCCAGUAAGGCGGACUGAAGAGCCAUCACCAUACUCAACUGUCGAUUUCAGCCGAAAGGCGCCGCCUUUGGAAGAGGAAGAAGAAGUACUUGUGCAGUACAUUACUUAGUUACGAAAUUGGCCUUUGUGCAUCUUAAUCUCCUGGUGACACAUCAUACACACGAAGUAAUCAUUGAAGAUUUCCUGUACAUGUGUAUCUGGCCCAUUGAAAUAGGCUCGGAUGCAGCUGUACAUCGAGCCUAUAUGCAAUCAAACAAUCAGGAAUGUAAUUCAGAUCUCGAUGCGACAUUUAUUAUAAGGGGAUAGUUGUAUUUUCUCUAUGAAAUGCUCUAUUAUAGUAACUAGUCUGUGCUCACUUGUUUCAAAUCUGUUUCUGCAUGUAAUUGGAUUUUGUUUGCUUAGAUGUACAGUGCUUAUAGAAUAUGCGCUGAUUAUAUAUUCGGUUAUAUAUCACGGCAAAGCUCAU